UACGGUGAUCAAGGCUGCCAUGCGGAAGUACCCAAACCCGAUGAACCCGUGCGUGGUGGGCGUGGACGUGCUGGAGCGCAGCGUGGACGGCUGUGGGCGCCUGCACAGUCUGCGCCUGCUCAGCACCGAGUGGGGGCUGCCGGUCCUCGUGCGUGCGAUUUUGGGAGCCAACAGGACCUUGACAUACAUCAAAGAGCGCUCUGUCGUGGAUCCGGCUGCAAGGAAAAUGGAGCUGUGUUCCACCAAUAUCACACUCACAAAUCUGGUGUCAGUGAACGAGAGACUGGUGUACACACCUCAUCCAGAGAACCCUGAAAAGACUGUGCUCACCCAAGAAGCCAUCAUCACUGUGAAGGGGAUUAGCCUUGGGAGCUAUCUGGAAAGCCUAAUGGCUAACACGAUAUCCUCCAAUGCAAAGAAGGGGUGGGCUGCCAUUGAGUGGAUAAUCGAACAUUCCGAGAGCGCCAUAAGCUAACAGGUCUGCACCCGUGCCUGCUGACACAAGGGGACAACCGCAGCAACUUCUUAACCAGUCCGAUAUCUCACCAAAAAGAGUCAAAGAAGAAAGGAAAGAAGAAAGGAGGAAUGGAUGGACAAAGAAGAAGAAAGGCAAGUGUGGAUGUGGUUCCUGCUAAGUCUGGAAGAGGCAGGACCUGCUGGAAUCUUCCCAGUCCAUGGUGACCUCCAGUACAGCAUCAGGCCCAGGCACCAGCAGUUCGAGGCUCUGGUUCCUGGGAGUGGUGUGGAGCCCUCCUCUGCCAGGCUCUGCUGCAGGUACUGUGCCAGGAUGGGACAGUACUGCCCCUGCGUUGGUUUUCAGCUUUCACCUGCUUCCUCUGGCAGGAGUGCCACCCCCAACUGCUGAGUCCAGUUACCUCAUGCCCUGCCAGCUAAGCCAGGGCAGGUCCCCCAAACCUUCCCCGGGGCCUGGCUGCUGUCCUCUGUUCCUGGUGGCCCUACGUCCUUCUAGUGUUCCACUUGCCUCUGUGAAGAAGGUGAAUAAGAAGUUGCUUUCUGACCCUCAGGGUCCCCAUCAUGUACUGUAUCUUUAAAAACAAAAAGAGAGAUGCAGAACUUUAUGCAGAGGCUACUGUGGGUUCCAGCGGCAACUGGGAUUUUCAAGCUCAAACUGGCCUUGAACUCCCUGUGUAACUGAAGAUGACCUUGAACCCUUGCUCUUCCUGCUUCCAACUUCCCAAGUGCUGGGAUUACAGACUUGGGCCACUAUCCUUGGCUCUUUUUGGUUAUUGUUGUCGUUGAGACAGAUCUUGCUGUGUGGCCCUGGCUGUUCUGAAACUCAUGGCAGUCCUCCUGCCUCAGCAUCUCAAGUGCUGGAAUCACAGGUGUGCAGCGCCAUGCCUGGGCUGGUAUUCUUGUCAAGUCCUUACUAUCUUUCUCAGCUUCUCCCAACUAAAAAGAGAGGGUGGGGAGCUCCUGCUGCGUGACAGAGAGCCCUCCGGCUAAUUCUCUCCCUCCCGCGGUCCUGGGGUCCUGCUGGCUGUGGGUGUGGCUUUGUGCUCCCGGCCUAGUUGAAACCCCUCCCGCAAGCCCACUUUACCUCCUGCCUCGGUUCUGUGUUCCUCACUUUCUCUUUGUGGUAGUCUUUU